AUGAUCUCAUCCAAACUAAUCGCAAGUCGCGGACUGUUCCGGAUAUCAAGAAGAACUGUUUUGUCUGCUGGCUUCUCUUUAGAAAAGGAAUGGAGCGCUAGACAUGGAGAGUUGCACAAGCUGGGUUUGGGUGGUGAUUACGAAUGGAUAAGUGCGGUCCAAAAAAAAUUUAUUGGCGGUGGAACAGCGAGUGCCGUUGACGUUGAUGCUGCACUAUGCGUAGCUCAACACAGAGAUCAAGUUGAUGAUGUCAUAGAGCUUGUGUAUAAAUUGCGACACAGUGAGAACGCAGCAGAUCUUCCUGCUUCCGGAGAGUAUGCUUUGAUUCGAUUAUUGUUGAAGCACGAGCCUGAGCUCAUUUUCAAACUCGUGGACGAUCCAAUAAAUUAUGGAAUAUUCCUUAACGAACACUCUGCUUGUCUUGCUCUUGAUCACUUCCUAAAGCGGGAUAAUGUCCAAGGAGCCGCAUAUCUAUCUGCAUGGGUCAUGCAGCAGGAAAUGACUGAAAACGAGUUACUAAAUUUAUUAGGGUUGUACGCUUGUGCAAAGUGGGCGGAAUUGCCUGUGGAUCAACAAACUAUGCCUAUCCCAGAAAAGGAAGAAAUAGAAUAUGGAGAAGAUGAUAUGAAAACUUUCCGAUUCCCUUUCUUGAAGAAUCCGCAUUUUGAUUCGCACUUUGACUUGGUUGAUCCUUCCCAUCUUGCUGGUAAAACUUUAUUGUGGCUAGCGCGAGAUUCGAAAACGUUGACAACCGAGAUCAAAAACUCGCUUAGGUUUUUGGGAGCUGUUUUAUAUAAUCAAUUGGAUGUUGCGGGAGCAUUGGCGUCAACGUCUAUUCAAGGAAAUGUGGCUGAGUUUGUACGACAACGAUUCACUCCAGCAGAGGGAGCGGAAAUCUUACCUCAACAUGAGGAGAUUCUUAAGAAAUUGGAAGGAUGUGAAACGAAUGAAACUACAUUGAGCAGCUUAGUAUUAGAGGCUUUGGAAACGAUCAAACAGAAGGAGGAAGAAACCCUCGGAUUGCAACAGAAGAACGAGUUUACUGCUUGGAAUGAUAGGCGUAAUCAAUUGGUUAGAGCUCAAGCAGAAAAAGUUCUACUUAAGAUUCGUGCUGAAGAAAUUACGAAAGAGUUGAAAGAGCUCGAGAAUGAAGAAGAAAGAAUGUUUUUCUUUGAGAACCGUUUGAAAUGGGAGAAGAAAGCCAAUGAGAACAAAGAAAUUAUGGAAGAACGCGCAGCCGCUCUUAAAGCUUAA